AUGUCAGAAUCGAAUUCUCCAUCUACAUCAACCUCCGAACCAUCGCAUCCUCGUGGCAGAGGUCGUGGAAAGUCUCGAGGUGGAUUAGGCAAAUACCUCCGUGCACGAGGUCGUGGUCGAGGUGGCCGUCCAGCGGAAUUUCACAAGCGCCUCGUACUGGAGGACGAAGAAGUGGUCGAUCUCGACCCUGAUUCGGAAGAGGCGAAAGAGCUGCAGAAGAAGUACGCACGACGACAACUUGGAUCUAAUGCCGAUCGUUAUACGGAGCUCGAGCCCGAGUUGGAUUCUGACGGAGAGGUGAUCUCUGAGCCUGAGAUUGACCUUUCGUCGUUUCUGGCGAGACAACGGUUAUCGGACGUGUCAGAGACAACUGUAGUGGCACUGCCUCAAGUCGAUGAUGAUGAUGAUAUCGACCAUGAACUCGCACAUAUCUCGUCUUAUCGUAUUCCACCUCCGACGUCUCAGAAGGGACUUGUAAGGGCGAUUGAGUGGGAUGCCGAACUGGAGGAGAUGAGUCGCGAGAAGGCUGCCGCAGAUGCAAGUCGGGAUCUGAAGGCUCGGUUCCGUUCAAAGUCGGAGAAGCUCAAAGCUAAACCUCUGUUUGCACGCGAUAGAAAACAAGAUGACAACCACUCUGAGGCCCCAGCGCUUCCCACCGAUGCGCUGAAGGCACCCAAAGUGGAGAUGGAAGAUUUUCUGGACGAUCUUCUAGGCUAAUGACCUCCCAGCCAAAACAUUAUGUAGCGCCUACGAGGAUUAACGAGGGGUGAUGAUUCUCCAAGUGCUGGCGGCGCCAUGUGUCCUUUUGACCUAUUAGCCAGGCGGAGGGUCUUGUUUGAUUUUGCUAAUUAGACACGUUAAUAGUGGUUUGCAGUCUAUUCCAUGCACAAGCUCCGCUGUCAGACGCAGACGACAACGCUGGCGAUCACGGUUAUGAGUUGACGCCCAUCAUUUUAGUUCCAAUAUCGAACUCGAAUAUCCCCCGCAAGGUUGUCUUCUCG